ACAAUGAUAACCUCAUGCCUAACCUUAAAUUAAGACCAAAAAGUACGUUUUUGUUUUAAUGAAUUUUUACGAUAGCCAAGGUUGACUUAGUGGCUGUGGUAACUAGUGGAAGCCCUUAGAAAGAUUGAUUAACGUUAUGAUGCAGUUGAUGGUGUUGUGCAUAUAAAGAAGUAAUAAUGUUCCAUUUUAAAUACUAAAUACAUUGUCCAUCAUCUCUCACGAUGGAGAUUUUGCGGGAUGAUGAAGAACAAGCGCUCAAAUAUAAACGUACGGGUCGUUUGGACAUGAGCCAUGGUUUCUUAUACCACAUUCGAAGGAACCAGAUUGCCAGAGAUGACUAUGAUAAGCAGGUAAAGCAGGCCAAUGAGCGUCAGAGGACCAGGCUCACCACUACCCCCCGACGGCCCCGCCGGCCAGAUAUCCAAGUGUACCAUCCUCGACGCGGAAAUGGAUCUGAGCCAGGAGGGGGUGCAGAGACUGAAGAGGGGAAUGAGAGUGGGUCGAGUACAGAGCCAGAGACCCAUGGAACUGAACUCUUCUGGCUGGACUACCAGGCUGACUCUGGCCGUGUCACCUCCUUCAUUGUACACAAGGUCUGUCUGUCUAGUGUCUAUAUAGUUAUGAUGGUGCUCAUCCUGUUGCAUGCAGAACAAUGUGCCCUCGUGACCCCUGUUUCCUGUCUCUUAGGAGGACAAGCCAGAGAGGGUGGUGGAGCGCGUAGCAGAGGAGAAUGUUCUGGACUCAGCCAUGAGGGUGACACUGCAGGCCCGGGUUCGAAAGGAAAUGGAUAAACGUCUGGACAAACGCUGAAGGAAGAGAAUUAAGUUAACAGACAGUGAUGAGAGAGAGGGGUGAGGAGGAGCCAGAGGCCUUUGUUUACCCUCCAGCCAACCCUCUUCCUGUAUGUAAUGAAUACUAGUAGCAGAGGUCUACUCUGGACUCACAUUCUGAGGGACUGUUAACCAGGAUCUGAGUGACAUCACACAGCCACGCUGUCCCCUCUGUGCUAGUGUACAACCAUGGUGAAAAGACUGACUUACAGAAGGGUAAAAAUGGAGCCGUCCUCAUAUCUCCUGUAUUGGGCUGGCAUCUCUGACCCUGGGUCAUGUCUGUAGGGGCCCUGUGAAACUGGCGUUGUCUUGUGGUUGAAUGGACCAUUGGCUGUCAACCUGCUCCAAAGGACAGAGUUAAAUGUGAAAUGCUGUGUGUAACGUCCAUUUUUAUAGUUUACUUCGCUACUUGAGUCAUCUCUAUCUGCUCUCUCUCUCCAUGCUGCUUUCCACACAGCCCUAGCCCCGCCCCCUGUCUCUCAAGGGGCACGCAUUUGUUGUUCCUCGACCUUGAGACACUUAGUAGACCGGUAGUAUGGUUAGGCUACAGUAUUGCUGUACGAUAGGAGCACAACAUAAUAGCCUGUUUAAUCUCAAAGGCAGGAGAUAGACACACAAUCAUGUAUUGAUAAACAAAAUAUUUAACAACAAUUCAUAUUUUGCGUAGACAUGUGGACUGUAGGCAGCAUUUACUUUGAAUUUGUUCAAUAGACAAUCAAUGUUGUAGAAUGUGUAGCCAGUGUUUGGCACUCGCUAUAGGCGGCAUGCAUUUUUUGUUUUAAUUAAGUCACUGCAAAAAAUUAAAACAUUCUGCCCAUACCUCUACAGAAAUGUGAUCACAUUUGCCAUUGCGCUUUCCUUUAGCAAAUAUCAUGGCCCAGUUCCAACAUCUCCAAAUCAUACAGCAAAUGAGGGCGUUGUUGUUACCAUAAAAGGUGAAUGGAGGGCAUUUUCCAGGCGGAGUUGUAGCGUUAGUUCACGCACAAAUAUAGUAUGGCUCUGAUUUACCAAUGAAAACAUGCAUAUAUGUUGUGUGCGACAGUUUGAUAGAUCCCAAUCAUUUGUUUGCACGUAAAUCCUAGAAUCUCCACGUACGCCAGAAUUUAGUUCGACAUUUAUGCACGGUUAAUAAAUGAGGCCCCAGAAACUGUGACGCCACCCCUGUGAAUGUUUGUUUUUAACCACACAGUGACAUCCUCUGCCCCAUAGAAAGUGUGAUGCGUUUGCUGUGUUUACAUAAUGUACUUUUAGUUUAUAUGGAUGUGGUUUAAAUCCAGUGGAGGCUGCUGAGGGGAGGACGGCUCAUAAUAAUGGCUGGAACGGCGCGAAUGGAAUGGCAUCAAACA